AUGAGCACAAUACCUGUGUUUCACAAACUUCAAGACAUCAGUGAUGACGAAUCCUCCAGUGAUGAAGAUCAGGAAACAGAAAAAGAAUGGCCAGUUGUUGACGAUGAAACUUCACAGCUUUUUUCCCAACAGGAGCUAAAUGAUCUAGUUCGCGACCUCAGCUUGUCAAAGGCCUCUGCUGAACUGCAUCAAGAGUACCUCCAAUUUUUCUCGGAGGUGCAGGCCUUGGUGUACUGCACAGAUAUUGCACAGCUUCUGCACCACCUGGGAGUGCCGCAGUACAAGCCCGAAGACUGGAGACUGUUCAUUGACAGCAGCAAGCGGUCACUGAAAUGUGUUCUACUGCACAACGGCAACCAGUUUGCCUCUGUGCCCCUUGCUCACUCUACUAAACUGAAGGAGAAGUAUGAAGCGGUGAAGUAUGUGCUGGAGAUGAUUCGUUAUGAUCAGCAUAAGUGGGUUAUUUGUGUCGACCUGAAGAUGGCCAGAAACUAUGCUGAACUUGUCAACAAUAUGGUGACUGCUUUCAAAAAACUCGGAUGCAACAUGAGCAUCAAACUUCAUUAUCUAUUUUCACAUAUGGAUCGUUUUCAUGAGAAUCUUGGAUCAAUGAGCGACGAGCAGGGAGAAAGAUUCCACCAGGAGAUGAAGGAGAUGGAGACCAAGUAUCAGGGACGUUGGAAUGCCGUCAUGAUGGCUGAUUACUGCUGGACUCUAAAGAGAGACAUCCCUGAUGCUGAGCAUUACAGGGUAUCCAAUAAACGGAAGUUCCAGCCCUAA